AUGAAGGUGUUUAUAUUUGGAUUAUUACUGGCAUUCGCCAAUGCUAGUCCAUUACCUUUGGAUGAAGAAGUCGAUGGACCAGUAGAGUUUAUUGUCAACGGCGUACCUGAAGGAGAAGCUUUAGAAAUCGGUCACAUUCUUGAUAUUCAACUAAACAAACAUGCCGAUGGGCAAGUAGUCGCUUCAUCUGACCUUCUAUACCCAUUAACUGCACAAGGGUUGGCUGAUAUUGCAUUGGCACAAGAAAACACACCCGAAAGACCUGAUGUUGAAGGUUUACCUUUACCAGAAUUACUUGAACCUUCUCCGGAAGUAGUCGUCCCCGGUCCGAUAGUUCUUCCCAUGCCGGUUCUUCCUGAAGUACAACCUGAACCAGAAGUCGUCCCCGGUCCGAUUAUUGUUCCCAUGCCGGUUCUUCCUGAAGAACAAGCUGAACCAGAGGUCGUUCCCGGCCCGAUUGUUCUCCCCAUGCCAGUCCUCCCUAUAGUACAACCUGAACCCGAAGUGGUAGAAGAAUCCGUACCUCAGAUCCCCAAUGGUGAGAUCUUCAACGACGGUAAUGUGCAAGUCAUUGUCAAUGGACCCGAACAGCCCAGUGUGCUCUCAUCCAUCCAAAGCUGGUUCCAAAUGGUCCUGAACUACUUCAGCAACGGCGUGCAAACCUCGCAGCAGAUAUUCUAA